UCUACUACCAUCAUCCAAUGCCUACAGGACUCUAUGUCAAAAAGAUAACCGAACGUCCCCCGAAGAAUUGGGCCCAGACGCUGAACGCUAUUGCGUUUGUGGUAGUCUUCAACUUUGGGUGUCUGAUGGUCAAUGCAUCACAAUUCGCUAUUUUGCUCCCGCUGAAGCUCCUGCCAUUCGAGUGGGCCAGCCGAUGGUAUGAUAGCGGGAUUCGGUACAGCAAGGGUGCAUUCGGCGCACUGUUGAUCUUGAUGUGCCAAUGGUUUGCGCCAACAAGGCUGGUCGUAACGUUCGAACAGGAAGGGCCGGGCGCGUUCUCGGAAGAUGAGUUUGCUAGGCUCGUUGUCAAGGAUAAGAAAGGGCGAGUAACAGGCAUAAACCUCCCACUGAAGUCGGUGCUCAUUGCGAAUCACCAAGUAUACGCUGACUGGUGGUAUGCGUGGACUUUGACAUACUUCUCGGGCACACAUCGCGAUGUGUUCAUCGUCCUCAAGAAGAGCCUGAAAUGGGUCCCUGUCGUAGGAUGGGGAAUGCAAUUUUUCAACUUCAUAUUCUUGGCACGCUCAUGGGCGUCUGAUCGGUUAUAUCUUGUGAAAGAAUUGGCGUUCUUGGGUCGGCACGCCGAGCAACAGGAUACACCUUUCACAUUCAUAUUAUACCCAGAAGGCACGCUCGUGAGCAAAGAUACAAGACCUAUCAGCAAGAAGUUUGCCGACAAAAUUGGGAUUCCAGAUAUGACACAUACCCUCCUUCCACGGUCCACAGGCCUACACUACAGCCUUCGAGCGCUUGCACCACGGAUACCGGCUCUUCAGUUAGUCGAUAUCACUGUUGCAUACCCUGGAAUACCUCUACUGGGCUACGGUCAAGAAUAUUACACUCUCCGUUCCAUAUUCUUCGACUGCAUACCUCCACCUUCUGUCCACAUACAUAUACGGCGCUUCGACGUAGCCAAAGAGGUGCCGAUUGGUAACAUUUUCACCAGCAACUCGAAUGGCCUUUCAAAUGAUUCCGCCGCAACGACAAUUCUGGAAGCUGAAGUACCUGAAGUGGAAAGGGAAGUCUUUGACCUUUGGCUGCGCGAACGUUGGGUGGAGAAAGAUCGGUUUAUGCAACGAUACCUGGACACGGGCACAUUCUCCUCGCAUCCGAAAACCCAGCCCCCUGUUAUCAUCCCACUACAGCUGAGACAUCGGAGAGAGGUAUUGGACGCUUUCUGCUUUUUCGUGCCUGCCAUCGCAGGGUUUGUCUGGUCCAAAGUGAGGGAUAUCGCGUUGUGAUUCAUGCCAGGGAUCGGUUUGGAUAUAGUUUACCUAUACUGUUUAGUAUUCUGAUCAUUUACCACUCGUGUUGUCUGUUGUGAUCUAUGCUAUCAUCAUUGUGG